AUGUCAUUAAUGGAGGUAUCUCCCGAAAGAGGUGAAAAGGGUAUACAGAACGGUAUGGAUAAUGCUCUAUUUUCUCAACCUCAGGCGGAAGGGUCUAAAGAGGUGCAACAGAUGGCAGGUACAGUAAUGUGCUCGUUAAAUAAACAAUCUCAUUCACCUACCUCAUCUUCUUUCUUUGUGGAUCAUCUGUAUGAGCUAAGAGUCAGACAAAAUUACACCGUGGAUGACGAAAGUGGACUCAGGAGGGAUAAAGAACCACCAGACAGGGGCUUUUACUCUGAUCAAGAAAGCUCAAAAAAUUGGGCUGAUUCAAGUGAAGAUGCCACUGUAAAUGAAGAUCAAGGAAUUAUCUUGCUAAACCAAACAACAGUGAACUACUCCGACUGCAGUACUGGGCAUAGUCCCAGAGGUGAUGUAAGGGGUGCUGGAAAAGAGAGCCUAAGAAGCAAAUUAAAGAAAUUAAUUGUAAUGAAUAAGGUGAGUCUUCUCGCUGUUAUUGAACCAAAAAUGUCCCAUACCAAACUAAGGAAUUUUGGUCUUGCUGUUGGGUUAAAUUCUUUUAUGGCAAACACAAAGGCAGAGAAAAAUAUGUGGCUUUUAUGGAAUGAUAACUUGGAAGUUAAGAGCAUGCUGCACUUUGAACAAGCUAUGACCGUGUCAGUCUCCUACCAGGGAGCUGAUCCAGUGUUAGUUACGGUGGUGUAUGGUUGUUGUGACUUACUUGUUAAGGAGGCCCUUGUGGGGACACUUACAGGUUAUUUCUACAUCCUUUGCUAUGCCCUGCUGGGGAUCGUGGCUCAUUUUGUUGCUACAGCUGGUUUUAUCAGACUUUAUCUUUGCUUUCUUGUCGCUGCUGCUGGCCACCUCUGGUCUCUUUUUCUUCAGCUGGUUUUGCUGAUUUUCUCAUGGUCUCUCAGCGGUUCUUUCAUCUGCUUGACGCUGGCUAUUGGUCUGCUGCUGUGGGUUUCUCUGUUGCUGCUUCCUUCGGCAGUCAGCUGGGGAUUUGUUCUCAGCGGGCUCUCAGUUGCUGUGUUGGUUCUGGGCUUAUGUUCAUUCCUCAUGGUUUUCAUCAUCUCGCAGUUGCUGUCUCUUGGGUUUCCAGCUUUCCUCCAGCUGAAUUUUCUGGAUCUUCAGCUGGACUCUCAGCUGGCUUUUGCUGGCCUUCAUGUCCCAUUUUAUGUCCUUUUCUUUUUUGAUGGUUUAUGCCACAUUGGCUUCCUUGUUUUUGUUAAAGCCCGGCUUCCUUGCUUCUUGUAA